UAUUUUUACUUAUAUAUUUAUGAAUAUUUUAAAAAUGUUUUUAUUUGUAAGGAUGCUGUAAAAAUUAUGGCUAAAGAUCUGGUCAGAACACGUCGAUAUGUUAAAAAAUUUAUACUCAUGAAAGCCAAUCUUCAAGCUGUUUCAUUGAAAAUACAGACUUUGAGAUCAAACAAUGCUAUGGCACAAGCUAUGAAAGGUUGUGCUAAGACAAUGGCUUCAAUGAAUAAAAAUAUGAAGUUACCACAAAUACAAAAAAUUAUGAUGGAGUUUGAAAAACAGAGUGAAAUUAUGGAUAUGAAAGAAGAAAUGAUGAAUGAUGCCAUUGAUGAUGCAAUUGGUGAUGAAGAAGAUGAUGAAGAAAGUGAUGCUAUUGUAUCUCAAGUGCUUGAUGAGCUCGGGCUUGGGCUUACUGAUCAGUUAUCUGAACUUCCUUCAGCUGGUGGUAAACUUCCAAAUGGUCAAAAGUCACAACAUCAACAGCCUGUAACAGCUGAUGAAGAUGCUGAUCUACAAGCUCGGCUGGAUAAUCUUCGUCGAGAGUAAAUAAUAGUAACGAAAAGAAUUUAAUACUGUGAAACAUAAUCGCCAUGAUUGUUUUAUUUUUUCUCAUUGAUUUAGAAUAAGACUUGUAUAAUUCAUAUUUAUAAAAUUUGUUUGUUUCGAAAUAUCUUUAUUUUCACUAUCCACUAGCUUGUUCUUCAAUAUAGAUUUUUUUUUCUAUUUGUAUAUAACGAUAUGUAUAUUGUCAGUAAUUUUUUUAGUAAAAAUUUUAAAUUAGUAAACAAAGAACUCACCUUAUUAUUAAA